GAAUCUUGCCUUGAGCUGCUGAUCACGACACACAAGUACAUUGUCUAGGGUGGUGGUCGUGGUUCUCAUUACUGAAUUCUGCUGUCUCCCCUCUGCCUGCAGAACUGAGCUGCUGCUCCACCACAGAGAGCUGUGGCUCUUUGCUGAACUCGAGACUGGAGUCCAGUGGCGUCCUACACAGCGCAGUGAACAACUCCCUUCCUUUUGCUGCCUAGCAUGGAUACUUGGAGGAGAGGAUCCAUUAAAUCCACAACGUUCUUCAAGCGUCUUUCAUUCAGGAGGCACAAAAAGCUGGGUAAUCAAGUCAUUAUUUUGAAUCAGAACAGCCAGACACUUGAGAACAAUGGACAGUACAAGAGGGAACCACUAAGAGACCUGAAGGAUAAAUCAGAGUACCUGUUAUGUAAGAGUGAGCAAAAUCUAGCUCAGGCACAGGCACCUCCUAAGCCACCCCGGCUCUAUCUGGACAGUUCCAGCUGCCCCAACAUAAUUGACCACACGGAGUCUCACUCGACAGCCAUCUCCUUUUCCAGUGUCACCCCUCAGUACCAUAAGGCGAUGCAAACACAAGGGACUAACUCCCACACGGUCCAGGCUACAGACUGUGGGACCUCUGAAACAGGCUCUGAUCCCUUCCUUUCCUUCAAAGUGGACUUGGGGCUAUCACUCCUUGAGGAUGUUCUGCAGACUCUCAGGAAACAGAAUCCAAGAGAUUACGCAGCUUGAAAGUGUUUAUCAUUUAAGUUAUUAAGUUAAUUAUCAGCAUUAGUAGUUUCCUUAGCCCUCACAGGAGAAGAGGAAACACUGGAGUGUCCCUACCCUGGAGUGCCUGUCUCAUUGUCCUGUCUUGCCCACCAUAAGCUGUUCUUGUCCAGGCUCCCUUCCUACUGAGCUGUCAGUACACCACUAGGUGAGAGCCACAUGCUGGAAUCUAGUUUGAUGCAUUUCCAUUCUCUACACUGGACAGGGAAUUCCUCUCCACUGCUGAAACUGUACCUCAUCCUGAUGGAAAAAAAAGGCCACGUUUGGUAACAAACACCUGUUAUUUUUGGAACACCGUUGUGACUAUAAAAGGCAUGGGGAAAAAGGAGGGCACAGAAACAGGAUUCCUGGGUAA